UUUAUUUAAAGAAUUAAUACGCCAUUUGGAUAUAAUAGGACAAGAUAAAGACGAAAAGUUAGAUAAUAUGUGGUUGAUAAAGAAAAAUAAAAAACGCUUUGUAGUUUGGAUAAAAAAAUUACUGAAGGAUGAAUUAUUUAAUGAAAUUGAGAUAAUAAAAAAUGUUGAUCAAAAAGGGAAGAAAGUUAUUGAUAGUGAUAAUACUUAUAUGGAGGAACAAGGAACACAAAUUAAGGACUUUUUGGAUAGAUUGAAAGAAGGUAAUCGAUAUUUAAAUUGA